AUGUUUCCAACACCAAACCUUGAUCACAUAACUUCGAAUGACUACGAGAAUGUGUAUGAGCCAGCAGAAGGAUAUCGAAUUUCUCAAGAACAACGUGAAUCCUUGCAUCUGUUUAGAAAUUGGAAUAGUUCAGGUACAGGGUGUGUAUCGACGUUCCUUGGUCAAUUGCUGGGUGAUGGAACUGCACUUUUAUUAUGUACAGAUAUAAAUCCUUACGCUACUGAAAUUACCGUUAAAACGGCUAUUCAUAAUUUGAUUCAUUUGGAUGCUAUAACAACCAACCUAAUAUCGGGUCUUUUACCGAGAUUAUAUCAUAAUGUUGAUAUUUUAUGCUUUAAUCCACCGUAUGUCGUCACAUCUUCUGAAGAUGUAAAGUCAUCAAAUUUUAUUGAAAGAGCUUGGGCUGGAGGAAUUGAUGGAAGAGAAGUAAUUGAUAAAAUGUUACCUUUGGUUAACGAUUUGUUAUCAAGCAAUGGUGUAUUUUAUCUCUUAGUAAUUAGUGAUAAUAAACCUGACGAAAUAUGUGAAAGAAUGUGGAAUGACUAUCAAUUUCAUUCCAAGAUUUCAGCAUCACGACUGGCAGGAAGAGAGAAACAACUUAUCUUGAAGUUUUGGAGAAAUCAAUCAUAUAAUUGA